UUGUUUCUCUCGAACAGUUUCAAUAUUUGUGGUUCUGUGUCAAUCACACAGAUCUACCAACUACUGCACACUGCACAAUAACAGCAAAUUUCCCUAUGUUGAAAGUUGCCAUUUCUAUUUUGCGAAAUGGCUGCCGUUUCAGAUUUUUUUUCUUUAGGAAGUGUUGUUUGGUGUAGAACUUGUUAUGAUAAAGAAAUCGAAGGAGAAGUUUUGGCGUUCGAUCCACCAUCGAAAGUAUUAAUUUUGAAAUGUUCUUCUACAAGUGGAGAUCCUAAGCAAAACGACAUACACUUUGUUAAUUUAUCACUUGUUAGUGAGUUACAGGUAAAAAGAGAAGUUACCAAUGUACCAGAAGUACCACAGUCCCUGAAUCUACAAAGGCUAAAUACCAGGGUUAGAAACCAAGUGGAUGAGAAAAAACGCUUGCUUGAAGCAAUAUCUGCAAAUGUUAGCUCAGAGGGGCAAAGUUUAUUCAUAGCAAUAGCCAAAACAAUUAGUGAAGUCAGGUGGAACAAUUCAGAAAUUGUUGUGUGGAAUCAGGAGGUUAUAAUUAGCCCACCUUAUCAGUUGGAAAAUGUGAGAGGAAAUACAAACAGCAAAGUAUAUGAAUAUAUAAGAAAAGUGGUGGAAAAACAUAUGAAAGAUAUAGCUAUAAACAGUCAGAGCCAAUCAGUUUGUCGAAUGAAUACUUCUCAAUAAGCAAAAAAUUUAGAUAAAUUGUAUCUAAUUACAUACCAUACCUCUGUUAUAUUUGAUUUUCAACUAAAAUAUUUCUUAUUUGCAUAUCAUAUUAAGUGGCAAAAAUUUAUACAAAUUGAAAAUCAAGUGUUUUUUUGUUCACAAUUUUUAUAAGGUUGUAUUGGAUAGUAAGUACAUUUUGAAUACUUGUUUUGCCAAUACAGUUUCCUUCUAUUUAUUUUAUAUGAAUAAAAACAUCAAAUU